UCCCCGCGGAAGUGACGGCAAGGCGGCGAUGGCGGCUCGCAGUUCGAUCCCGGAUUUGCUGUAGCCUGAAAGCAGUUUUCGUGGUGACUGGUUGACGUUUGUUUGUUUUCAAUCAUUAUUUUUCUUCAGUUACCACGGAGCAAAUAAGCGCAUUAAUUACUGCUUUCAAAUUGCAAUGGCCGAAAGUUUUUAGUUAUUUUUCUCAAGGGUUCAAUGAAGGUGGUAGUGGUCAGCCUACCGAGCUAGCUAGCUUGUCAGCGAGACGAGCUGCGUGGUAUAGUCUGACUAUAGCUAGCCAGAUUGCCAUUGGAUAGCAGUCAUCGUGCAAGAGUAACUAGCUCUUGUUUUUAUAACACAAUUAUUCUGCUACACAAUGCCAAUGCAUUCCAAUCGAUGAGAGUUGUGCAGCAAGCGUGCAGAUGCUCUCACACGUUUGCUUGGUCUAGUUUUGUUGAUUUGGACGCGUUUGGUUCGUUUUGGAGAGGUUGUAGCGAAAGUAUUCUGAUUCGACUCUUUGGAGCCUAGGCCGAACCAAAUUGGUCAACUUUGUUGAGAGGGCUAGCUUGUAGUCUCUUCAGUCUCCUGUUCCUGUGUGGUCGCCGACAUGCUGAAGACCCGACAGUGUCUACUUGGCAUCCGCACUUUCCUAGGUGUAACGUCCAGAAUAUGGGGCUUCUUCUUGUACAUUCUCAGGAAGCACCUACGCACGGUUAUCCAGUACCAGACAGUACGGUAUGACACUUUACCCCUGUCCCCCAUCUCCAGAAACAGACUCAAUGCAGUGAAGAGGAAGAUUCUUGUACUGGAUUUAGAUGAGACGCUGAUCCACUCUCACCACGACGGGGUCCUCAGACCCACAGUGAGACCUGGCACGCCACCAGACUUCAUCCUCAAGGUAGUCAUUGACAAGCACCCUGUCAGAUUCUUUGUACAUAAAAGGCCGCACGUCGACUUCUUUUUAGAAGUGGUCAGCCAGUGGUAUGAGCUGGUAGUGUUCACAGCCAGUAUGGAGAUCUACGGCUCGGCGGUGGCAGACAAGCUAGACAACAACAGGAACAUCCUGAAACGCAGAUACUACAGACAGCAUUGUACGUUGGAUCUAGGUAGUUAUAUUAAAGAUCUGUCUGUCGUACACGAUGACCUAUCUAAUAUCGUAAUCCUGGACAACUCGCCUGGAGCUUACCGGAGCCAUCCAGACAAUGCAAUACCUAUCAAGUCGUGGUUCAGUGACCCUAGUGACACAGCACUCCUUAACCUGCUGCCUAUGCUAGAUGCACUAAGGUUCACCGUUGACGUCCGGUCCGUCCUCAGUCGAAACCUCCACCAGCACCGGCUCUGGUGAUUGGCUGAUUCUGCAGGGAGGGUUUGGCUGAUUGGGCCUCUUUUUAAACCCCUUCCCCGCUCCCAUCGCUCCUCCGUUUCCACACAGUGGACCUUUCACCUCUCCACUCACCCCUCUCUGAAGGGGACAGAGGAGAGGGGGGUCACAGCAGAACAUGAAACAAGGGAUGAACAGAGUGAGAUCUGGAAGGAAACGACUGGGGGGGAGGCAGCUUUUCUUUAUCUUUUUUUGCUUCUUUAUUUGUAUGAUUUUUUUUAAAAACAAAAUGGAGUCUCUCUGCCUUACAGUUCCUGAUACUGACUCCAUGUAUGUACGCAUGGGGCUGCGUUUGUGUACGUGAGUUGGGCGAAUGCUCACAUUCGUACGUCUUGCUAAAGUUUUGACGUUACAAAAGGAGAAGGAACAGCAAGGCAACGAACAGGAAAAGUUUCCAUCCUUUUGUUCUUACACAUCAUUACCCUGGACUCUGCACAUCAACAACAGGCAACAAACAGCCUGUCAUUUUACUCUAUCUCAACUUGGUACUGGACUUUACUUCACUUAAGACGGCCAAGAGCAACCAGACAGGAGAAAAUGGGAGGAUGAUUCGUUUUUAAUAGGGGUAUUGUGGGUACCAAUGAUUGCGUUACGACUGGUAAUUUUACACAAUUAAGACUUUACAUACUUAACAGACUGCUUUAUAAUUCAUCCAGAGAUGUCUGAUUUAUUUGAUCAAAUGACAGACAUGAUCAUGUCUAUCUCAGACUCGUUCCCCCAAAACCCCUUGUAGGAUACAUCAAGAUGUAAGGAUUGACUGAAGAAGUUAUGAAAGAAAAUAAUGGUUCAAAAAAAGACUUAUUUGGAUGGUGGAACCUCGCUCUUUCAAUUUCUCAUCUUUCAGUUACCGUGAUGUGUAUAGUAUGACCUGGACAUCAUUAUUGAAAUUCUUAUGCCUGAUACCAUAAUUUUAAUUUGAGAUUUGCACUUCAUUUCUGGAUUUUUCCUUUUUGUUGCUGCUGUUUUGUAUUGGAAGCAGAAUGAGCAGCCCUCUUAAAAAUGUUACCUGCUCCCUUGACCGUAAUGGUUCCAUUAUCUGCCACUCUCUUUUCAAUGCCAUUUGAACAGUUUUAAUCUUGUCAAGGCUCCAGUCAUGAUGGCUUCUUUUUGGUUCAGUCCCCAGGUCUGUGUUACUAAUAAAACACUUGUCAGAAUCUA